UGGGGCUCUGGAGCAAUCAGGGCAAUAGAAUCACCCCUACCCUAAAGGACAGCGGUCCCUUGUUAAGGAUUAGAUUUGCUCAGAUACUUUUAUUAGGUUCUUACUAUACUGGACGACAUCAUGUUCUAGUUGAACUCCAGUGUCAAGUUCAGGCCUGCCUGAUGAACUGAUGGGAGGGAAGAGAGGUAGCAGAAGCCAAUGUUCAAAGAGAAGGCAAGAUGCUCCUGGACAAGAACUCAUCGGAAGGAAAUCAGGGGCCAGAAAUGGGGGAGCUUGACCUUCUCCCCGUUUGGGUGGGAUGGAAGGGCUAUGCUGAGGACCAGUCUCUAGCUCAACACUGCCCCCCAAAGAGUCCACACCAACUCCAAUGAAGAGCACAAAAGCUCCACAAAGACAUUAGAAGAGCUUGUUAGACCUUGGGGAAUCCUCUGGCAGAAGAUUCCAGAAGGGUCACCAAGGGUACCGGUCCUUCAGCAGUGACUCCAGCACACGUGUCUAGCGCAGCAGCACGCACAGGAGCGCCCAGGAGACAUUCCCAACAGACCCCCUCAAAAUUCCUGGAGAGUACCUUACAGGGGGAUGAAGCCCUGAAUGAGCACAGAGGGUUUAAGCCAGUGCUAUUUGGGUUUACUGCUAUUGAUGUGACUAUUGACUAUUACUGCUAUUGAUGUGGUGGGAAAUUUGGGCAACAUAAUUAUUUCUUUCAAUUAGAUGUCAUUCAGAUCCUCCAAUGUACAUCAAUCCCCCUACUUUGUCAAGUAUAUAUAUAUAUAGUCUGUAUAUAUUUAUUUAUGUUUAUAUUUUUAUAUGUAUAUUACUUAUUAUAUAUAAAAUCCCUGCUUUGAAGAACCUCACAGUGGGGAGGAGGGAGCAGCCAGAGAUUACAAAACCCCUAACUGAAGCCAUGAUAGAGCUUGCAGCACCUGUGGAGCCUCAGCAGAAAUUUCAAGAGGUGGCCCCGUGAGGAGUUGGAGCUUAGGCGAGAAGUGCAGGAGGCGAGUCAGGAGCAAAAGGCGUACAACACGGUGGUGUGGACAAUUCUGUACAUCACGCCCUGCUCAUCACGCCCUGACUGCUUCCAGCCCUGAGUCACAGAGGAGGUACCAGUGACCACUCCAAUCACAACAGCAGCUGUAGCGGCGACAGCAGCCGCCCUGUCAGUCAGGCACAUCUGCCCUCCUGGACGCAUCGCAUUGUACAGGUGAAAGUCCCAGACUCCUGGACAGGAUUUAAGUUUGCCUCAAAUAUGGAAGUAGACUGGGAUGAUUACAGCUUGGAAGAUUUCUUCGACAUGGAAAAUUAUAGUUACAACACUGACCUGCCCACUAUUCUGUCAGACUCUGCCCCAUGCAGGCCAGAAUCUCUGGAAAUCAAUCAGUAUGCCAUGGUGGUCAUCUAUGCCCUGGUCUUCGUGCUCAGCCUACUGGGAAACUCCUUAGUGAUACUGGUUGUCUUAUAUAGUCGGGUGAGUCGUUCUGUCACUGAUGUCUACCUGCUGAAUCUGGCCAUAGCCGACUUGCUCUUUGCCCUGACCUUGCCUAUCUGGGCUGCCUCCAAGGCAAAGGGCUGGAUCUUUGGCACAGCCCUUUGCAAGGUGGUCUCGCUCCUGAAAGAAAUCAACUUCUACAGCAGCAUCCUGCUGCUGGCCUGCAUCAGCGUGGACCGCUAUUUGGCCAUUGUCCAUGCCACACGCACACUGACUCAGAAGCGGCACUGGGUCAAGUUCAUAUGCUUAGGCAUCUGGGCCCUGUCCCUGAUCCUGUCCCUGCCCAUCUUCAUCUUCCGCAGGGCCAUCUAUCCCCCCUAUUCCAGCCCAGUCUGCUAUGAGGACAUGGGUGCCAAUACUACAAAAUGGCGGAUGGUGAUGCGGGUCCUGCCCCAGACCUUUGGCUUCCUCCUGCCCUUGAUGGUCAUGCUAUUUUGCUAUGGACUCACCCUGCGCACGCUGUUUGAGGCCCACAUGGGGCAGAAACACCGGGCCAUGAGGGUCAUCUUUGCUGUCGUGCUCAUCUUCCUGCUCUGCUGGCUGCCCUACAACCUGGUCCUGAUCGCAGACACCCUCAUGAGGCUCCGGGCGAUCAAAGAGACCUGUGAGCGCCGCAAUGACAUUGGCCGGGCCCUGGAUGCCACCGAGAUUCUGGGCUUCUUCCACAGCUGCCUCAAUCCCAUCAUCUACGCCUUCAUCGGCCAGAAGUUUCGCCAUGGACUCAUCAAGAUCAUGGCCAUCCAUGGCCUCAUCAGCAAGGAGCACUUGUCCAAGGACAGCAGGCCUUCCUUUGUUGGCUCUUCUUCAGGGAACACUUCUACUACCUUCUAGGCCCCUGCCCCUGUUGCAGCCCCUCGGGGCUCCUCCCUUGCCAUCAGCACCCCAUUCUAAGCCUCACGCCCACUGGCUGUCCACAGUCUCUAUGUCAAGGCAGCCCCCGUUGUGGUUACAGGGAGUUACUGGGGUCACGUCCUUAUCAGGCCCUCCUUGUAUGAUUGAGAAAGCCUGCCCUGCUGCCCCUCCCCUUACUGUAGUUGCUAUGUCAGCUGCUAGAGCUCAGUCCAUCCUACCACUGAGCCCAUAGCACCCUGUCCCCUGAGACACUUAAAGACAUUUAACAGACAUUCUUUUAAGUGACUACAGAAAGUUCCCACCAUUGGGAGCCAUUAGUGGCAAACAGCAUUGGUUGCUGCCCCAACUCUCUCUUUCUUGCCUGUCAGCAAAGUCCACUUCCCUUGAGAGAGGCCAAAAAGGACAGGUACUCCUUUCUAAGACUCCUUUUUGCUAGGAGUGGCCUUAUCAUUCACUUCUGACUAAUAAGAUUUAAGGGCAUUAGUGUGCUGGUCAACCACUGUCCUGGGGAAAAAAAAGUCCUGAUUUGUAGCAUUUGCCAAGUUGCCUGGUGUAAAUGCUCCCACCGUGGCGAUGUCACGGGUGGUGGUGUUUAGCAACCAGCUCACAAAAAUCUAGGAAAUGUAAUGAUCUGCUUUCACAAGCAGGUACAAACUGGCUUCAGUGCACCAUUGCUUAAGAGGAAGUCUGCUGGGACCGGAGGACUCCUGGGAAGUACUCCUGAUUAAACACACACACACACACACACACACACACACACACACCCUUGGUUCUUGCCUUUAAAUAUGGUUGUAGGAUAUAAUGUGACAAAGUGGCAAAAACUAAGUAUGCCCAACAUACUUAGGCAGAUGGAGUCAAAGUAUAAAAAGGACGCGAGAAUGAAGAGCCCAGAAAGAAACCUAAGCAUAAAUGGUCAAAUUGUUUUCAACAAGGGCGUUAAGACUCUUCAGAGGGGAAAGGAUAGUCUUUCAACAAAUGGUGCUGGGAAAACUAUUCACGUGCACAAGAAUGAACUUGGUCUCUUCUCUUACACUAUACACAAAAGUUAACUGAAAAUGGAUCAAAGACCUCAACAUGAGAGUUUCAAUGAUAAAACUCUUAGUAGAAACAUAGGGGAAAAAUUUUAUAACAUUGGAUUCGACAAUGAUUCCUUGGAUGUGACACCAAAAGCACACGCAACAAAAGAAUAAAUAGAUAAAUUAGAUUUCAACAAAGGUAAGACCUUAUGUACGUCAAAGGGUACCAUCAACAUAGUGGAAAGGGAAACCACGGAAUGGAAGAAAAUAUUUGCAAAUCGUAUAUCUUAUACAGGUUACUUUCCACGAUAUAAAAAGAAUUCCUACAAUUCAACAACAACAGACAAUAACAAGUGUUGGCAAGGAUAUG